UUGUAGGCAUGAGGAUAUCUGAGUUUAUGUUGUUCAUGGUAACAAAGAUUUAGAGGACAUUGAGGGAAACAUAGUAAGUGUGCUGCAUGUGUACAAUGGAAAGAGUCAGAAGUAAAGGGCCAGAACGUUGGUAGAUCUCCAAAAUUAUACAUAGAUAGAAAAAGAAAGAAUGAGAUAUAUGCCACAGUAUUAUUGAAGUAAUUGUUGAAGUAAGUGGAAGGAAAAAUACCUAGACAAAGCAAUAAUAGAUAUUUUAUAAGGCUAUCGAUAUAACUAAAUAAAUGGAUGCUGGCAUAGAAGGACAUAUGCUUGCUUAAUGGUUGGAUGUCCAGGAUAUGGGAACAUGAUCAGAUUUAGGAAACUAGAAGAAAAAUAGGUAAAAAGUAAAUUUAAAAAUAAGGGUUUGUAUGGACUGAUAGUGAUAGGUUGACAUUCACUAAGGAACAUGAGCUUCUAAAUAAGUACCGCUAAAGAUAAAUGAAGCACAACAACAAAACUUUGCUGGCCUAGGUUCAUUAUUCCUCUGAUUUCCCUGUUGAAUAUUUCAUCAACCCCCUUUUUUUGGCAAGUAGUUUCAAAGGUAAAGCUCAGAAUGACAUAACUGAGCAUUUGUUUUGAUACAGAGAAAAAUAAAACCAUCUAAUCUAAAAUAAUCCCACUCUACUUUUGUCAGUCUCUAUCCCCUUAUGUGGUUUAUAUUUCUUCAUAGAAUGUAGAACUAUCUGAUGAUAUUGACAGAUGAUAGAUGAUGAUGAUGAUGAUGAUGAUAGAUAGAUAGAUAGAUAGAUAGAUAGAUAGAUAGAUUCUUUACUAAAAUGGAAGAUCUAAAAGCCAGGCUGUCUCUGCCUUUUUCACAGUGGUGUCCCGACUCCCAGAAGAGCACUUUACACAAAGUAGGUGCUCAAUAGGCAAAUAUGUUUAAGAUUUAAUAUUAAGCUGAAUCAGGAAAGUUAAACUCUGUUCCCGAAAGAAAAUUCUUGUUCCCAAAGUCCAUGCUAUCAAUACCAGAAGUCUGUGAAAUCUGAAAGCUGAGAGGGGAGGGCAGCAUCAGGCACCACAAAGUUGACAAGUUGCCAACAUGGUAGCUAAUCAUGACCUUAUGGGUGAAAAGUAAGCGUAGGAAGAAACAUACUUACUGGCUUGUUAUGAAAGCAAUUUGUGUGAAAUGGUAAGAUGUUCUUUGUUUUAGCUGGCUUCAUGAUCAUGGAAAGAGUCAACCAAACCAGCAGUGUUUCUGAGUUCAUCCUCCUGGGACUCUCCUCCCAGCCUGGGGACCAGAAGCCACUCUUUAUCCUCUUCCUCACCAUGUACCUGGUCACCAUAACAGGGAACCUGCUCAUCAUCCUCGCCAUCCACUCUGACCCCCAGCUCCAGACCCCCAUGUAUUUCUUCCUGAGUUUCCUGUCCUUCACUGACAUUUGCUUUACAACAACCAUUGUCCCCAGGAUGCUAGUGAACUUCCUGUCAGAAAAGACCAUCUCCUAUGCUGAGUGCCUGACACAGAUGUAUUUUAUUUAUGCUCUGGGCAACACUGACAGCUUCCUCCUGGCGGUCAUGGCCUUUGACCGCUAUGUGGCCAUCUGUGACCCCUUCCACUAUGUCACCACCAUGAACCACCACCGCUGUGUCCUGCUGGUGGCCUUUUCCUGCACAUUUCCUCACCUCCACUCACUCCUACACACACUGCUACUGAAUCGUCUCACCUUCUGUGACAACAAUGUUAUCCAUCACUUCCUCUGUGACAUCAACCCUCUGCUGAAAUUGUCCUGCUCCUCCACAUUUCUCAAUGAAAUCGUGAUAAUGUCAGAAGGUUCUGUUGUUUUGGUGACCCCCUUUGUGUGCAUCACCUUCUCUUAUAUACGAAUCCUCAUCACAGUUCUCAAGAUCCCCUCAGCUGCUGGGAAACGCAAAGCCUUCUCCACCUGUGGCUCUCACCUCACUGUGGUAACCCUCUUUUAUGGAAGCAUCUUCUAUGUCUAUUUACAGCCCCUGUCCAACUACACUGUGAGAGAUCGUGUGGCAACAAUUGUCUACACACUUCUUACCUCCAUGCUGAACCCUUUUAUCUAUAGCCUGAGAAACAAAGACCUGAAACAGGGCCUGAGGAAACUGAUGGGCAGGAGGAAGUCCUAGCCAGAACCUCUGGGAGCAUGUUCAUGAAUGUCUCUUCUCCUUUGGACCCUGUUUCUGCUGGUCAGCAGGGAUAAUUCAUAUGUGUCAUGGAUGUUGGAUUGUAUCCAUUUCUUUGCAUAUGCAACCAUCUUCCACUGAGAUCAUUAUGAUUCAAUAAUUGGCUCAAGGUCUACCAAAAUCUUGGCUUCCAGUUUUCACAUUUCUACCUCUCUCUACUUCCUCUUCUCCAGGAAACAAUAUCUUUUUUCAUUCCCUUUAAGUACAGUUGAAACCUGUUUCCACAUAAAUUCCUGGAACUAAUUCAUAUCGGUUCAAGGACUUUGAUUCCCUUAGUAUCCUUCUUACUUUAAUGAACUUCUGUAAUCAGUUUUGCUAGCUUUUUGAAAAUAAUUACAGAAAUUUAGGGAGAGAAAGAGAGAGAGAUACAGAGAUAGAUUGAAAAUUUCAUCAAUUGGAAACUUUCACCAAAGCAAAGAAGGUGUCUGGCCCAUCAGUUUAUGCAGGGAUUUUGCUCUUCCUUCUUCUCUAUCAUUGACAGCAGGAUAUUCCAGAAUAUUCUGGGCACUGUAGGAACACAGGCCCAUCUCUUAGCCCUGAUUAGCUAAAUGACUUAGUAGUUCAGCACACAACUGAACCAAUGAUCAGGCCAGCAUGCAGCGGGGAGUUGCCUCUGGGUCUUUACCCUGGUCAUCUGUUGUCUGUCCCUCAUAGGCACUCACUCCCCUUGAGCCCUCUCUUGGCUUCAACUCCUCUUACAGACCCCUCUAUUUCUACCAUCACUACCCCUCUGAAAUCUGCCUGGUUCUCAAGGAAAGAUUUGUUGUAUGUACUUAGAAUUAUCUUCCAUAUUUUUUGAAGAGAGAGUUAAAACCCGUAUAUGAACGUUGAAGGCAGAUAUAACUAGGAGAUUCCAGAACCAAACAUAGAGGCUCUGGGAUGUAGAGUCAUCCAGUGCUACAGGCAAUGACUUGAUUCUGUUUACUUUUCUUUUCAUUCUUUAUUCUCUAUUAUUCUUUCAGGGAUUGUAGACUCUGCAGUAUUUUGUAUCUUAAUAUUUUUGCCACUUACUGUUCUAUAUCAUUUCCAAAGAUAUUACUCAGCAGGUCUCACAUGGGGGCCUGUGAACCUGGAUUUUAAUAAGCACCCCAUAGAGAAAACUAACUUGGCCUUAUGUGAGCAGCUGAAUGUUUGAAAAUUUCUGAUCUUUCAUUGUCUCGAUGUUUGUAUUUCUAAGACUCAUGUCCGAUAGUAAUAGUAUAUCAAGUUAUCAAGCUACAUGUACACAGACACUCAUUGAUUACAGCAUUGUUUGUAAUAGUGAAAAAUUAGAAACAACCUAAAUGCCCAUCAAUAGGAGAAUAGACAAAUAAUGGUUCAAUUUUCCCACAGAAAGAAAUAAUAUAUAGUAAUUAUAAAUAAUAAGGUGUAUCUCUACCACUGCCCUGAAUAGCCAUUAUGAGUGAAGUUGCAAAAUAAAAUGCUUAAGAAUAAACCCAAUUGGGGGUCCUGGGUGACUCGGUUGGCUAAGCAUCUAACUUUGGUUCAGGUCACGAUCACACAGUGUGUGAG